AUUUGUCGGGACAGGACAGAGUACCGAGAGCGGGAGGGUCUUGGAGGGGACCUGGGGGCGAGGACCAAGGUGGAAGUCAGGGCAGGGGCUGAGAGCUGAGAACGGGAUGUGGAAGAGGACGAUGGGAACGAACGCGGAGGGGGCCCCGGAGACAGGGCGCCUACCGGGAUUGGGGGAGAGUUGGGGAGCGGACGCCCGACGCCGUCGCCACCCUUCCCCAGGCGCUGCGGCGCUGAUGCUGGUGCUCCCUGCCACCAUGUUCCACCUGCUGCUGGUGGCCCGCUCGGGCCCAGCGCGCCUCCUGGGCCCACCCCCCUACCUGCCCGGCCCCGAGGCGCUGUGGAGCCCGCGCGCGCUGCAGCUCGUGCUCGCCUGGCUCGGCCUGCAGGCGGCGCUCUACCUACUGCCGGCGCGCAAGGUGGCCGAGGGGCAGGAGUUGAAGAACAAGAGUCGCCUGCGCUACCCUAUUAACGGCUUCCAGGCCCUGGUGGUGACAACCCUGUUGGUGGGCCUGGGGGUGUCGGCUGGGCUGCCCCUGGACGCGCUCCCGGAAAUGCUCCUGCCCUUGGCGUUUGCGGCCACCCUCACCGCCUUCGUCUUCAGCCUCCUUCUCUAUCUGAAGGCUCUGGUAGCCCCUGCCUCCGCCCUGGCACCUGGGGGCAACUCAGGCAACCCCAUUUACGACUUUUUCCUGGGACGGGAGCUCAACCCGCGCAUCUCUUCCUUUGAUUUCAAAUAUUUCUGCGAACUUCGGCCUGGCCUCAUGGCCUGGGUCCUCAUCAACCUGGCCCUGCUCCUGAAGGAAGCAGAACUUCGGGGAAGUCCGUCACUGGCCAUGUGGCUGGUCAAUGGCUUCCAGCUCCUCUACGUGGCUGAUGCCCUCUGGCAUGAGGAGGCUGUCCUCACCACCAUGGACAUCACACACGACGGGUUUGGCUUCAUGCUGGCCUUUGGGGACCUAGCCUGGGUACCCUUCACCUACAGCCUUCAGGCCCAGUUCCUGCUGUACCACCCGCAGCCGCUGGGGUUGCCGAUGGCCUCAGUCAUCUGCCUCAUCAAUGCUAUUGGCUACUACGUCUUCCGUGGAGCCAACUCCCAGAAAAACACCUUCCGAAAGAAUCCUUCUGACCCCAGAGUGGCUGACCUUGAAACCAUACCUACAGCUACGGGGCGACAGCUGCUGGUGUCUGGGUGGUGGGGAAUGGUCCGCCAUCCCAACUACCUUGGAGACCUCAUCAUGGCUCUGGCCUGGUCCUUGCCCUGCGGGGUGUCCCACCUGCUGCCCUACUUCUACCUCCUCUAUUUCACUGCGCUGCUGGUGCACCGUGAGGCCCGGGAUGAGCAGCAGUGCCUGCAGAAGUACGGCCUGGCCUGGCGGGAAUACUGCAAGCGCGUGCCUUACCGAAUCCUGCCCUAUGUCUACUGAAGCAGCUCCACCCAGCCCAGGUCGGGCACGUGCCCGUCCAUCCACCAGCACACCCAGCACCAGGAGCCUGGACGCACCUGGGACUCAAGGACCUGCACCCUACCCUGCCUUGAACUCCACCAGGCAGGGAUGAACAGCCUCAGAGAGGGAGUUAGGAGCAAGGAGAAACCGGUGCCUAAUAGUGGAGUGGAGGGGAUGCUCUUCCUCCUCGGAUAAACAUCUGGAACCCUU